AAUACCUUUGUCAUGCCGUUUAAAGUCAAGGUUUUCAAAAAAAUAAUUUUGGCUUUUUUCAAAAACAUUUCAAUAAUUGCCAAAACUUCAGUUCGGGGGCAACCAUAAUAAUAACAAAGGAAUAUGGAGUCGAUUAAGAUGCGCAAUGGGCCAAAAAAUCCGGUUGCUAAACAGAAUUCAGUUUCAAGCGCCAAGAAAACGGUGGUUAAAAAGCUGACCGAGGAUGAGAAUAAGGCAAUAAGUGAACUGAAAAAACUCUACUUGGAAACAAUCAAGCUCGACGUGGAGUUGCAAAAAGAAAUUUAUAAUAUGGAAAAGUCAUUUGAGGCCAAGCAUAAUGAAAUUUUCGAAAAGCGUUACAAGAUACUCGACGAUUUUCGAAGAAAGACACAUGGCGUAUCGUCCAGUGAAAGUAAUAUGUCAAAUUUUUGGUUGCGGGUACUUAAGGCCUCAUACACAGAAUUCAUAAGCAAAAAAGAUGAAGAAAUACUAAUGUAUCUCACCGAUAUACGCGCAAAACUGUGCAACGAGCCAAUAGUAAAGUUUGUUAUCGAAUUUCAUUUCGAACCGAAUGAGUUUUUUUCUAACCGAAUUCUGACUAAAACGUACUUUUUGAAUUGUUUGCCCGACGUUGACGAUCCGCUUUCAUAUGAUGGUGCUGAAAUUUACAAAUGCGAGGGCUGUAAAAUUGAUUGGAAGCAAAGCAAUAGCGAAAAGGAUAAAAAGGCUUAUUCCUCGUUUUUUGACUUCUUUAAUCCGCCAACACUGCCAGAUGAUACUGAAGAUCCAAAUUAUUGUGACAUAAAUGCAAUUUUACAAAAUGAUUUUGAGCUCGGUUUCUACCUGAAGGAACGCGUAAUACCAAAGGCUGUGAUGUUUUUCACCGGUGAGAUAGCCGAUUGUCAAAGUACCGACUCAGAACCCGAGGACACAGACGAUGAAAAUAGCGAUGAUGAUGACGAGGAUGACGAUUCCUCCACCAAUGAGUUGAACGAUGUUUGA